CCUGAUAGCUUCACCUACCCGGAAACGGAGCACCGCAACUUAAAAAUGCCGGGAAUACGUUUUUGUCGGGGCUGAUCUUGACGUUGUAUUUUAACACUGAAUUUUCCCCAAAAUUGAAAACAUAUUUCUUAAACUUUGAACCGAAGCAGUCAUGGAUGAAUAUGACGAAAUGUUUGAGAUUGAGGACGACUUUGAGGAGCAGUUCGCCGACGAACUGGAUGCGUUGGCUCAGUUGGAAAAGGAAUCCCCCAAGCCUGCAAAGCGUCAGAGACGAAGUUCAAAUGAUGACGCCUCUCACAUCAAUAACCAGAAGUUGACUGGUCAGCAAAUCACUCCAAAUGCCAAGUGUCACAAGCAGGACACCAGUGUGGUGAAGCGGCUUUUUAACUCCGCGCGGUGCGAUGGCAUCUCACCGCCGUCCUCUCCAGAACACUAUGAACAAUCUCGCACAGCCGCGUCUUCCUCGGAUGCUGCUCUGGAUAUCAGUGGAUUUGAAACAAUCCCAGUGUCUCCCAGGCAACCCGUUGCCUUGGCAACGCAGUCAUAUGUGCACAGAAGACCACCACUCGAAGGCGAGUACAUCACCGUCACCGACUCGUCGGGGACACGCGUCUAUCUCCGCCAGAAGGACACCGAAGCAGAGAAAGUGGCAGACUGCAGACUGGUACCAGACUCUCAGGGUUCUUUGGGGCUGCUCGCUGUGCCAAUUAGUGUGCUGAAAGAACAAGCGGCAGACCGACGCCACCAGCAGGCUGUGGAGGAGACACAGCGCCUCACAGAGCUACUAGCCAGCAGUGCGAACGAUGUUUUGGUUGAGGAGGAAGAGAAUAAAGAGGUUGAUCCGGAAGACUCUGAAGGUCGAAGCUUCCGACUCUGGGUUGAUCGAUUUUCUCCCCGGCACUACACCGAGCUGCUUAGUGAUGAUUUUACCAACCGUUGUCUGCUGAAGUGGCUGAAGCUGUGGGACACCGUGGUUUACGGAAAAGAGAGAGUGACUCGCCCGGCGAGGUCCGACAGACAAGCCCCCGCGCAAACCGCUUUCAAAACCGAUCAAGCCAAUCCGAAUCGAUUUAAGACCAAGAUGGAGAUGACCGAGGAGAUUCUGGAAGCUGAAUUGGACCAGUACAAACGGCCCAAAUUUAAGGUGGCAUUGUUGUCCGGUCCGCCUGGUUUGGGGAAGACCACCUUGGCUCAUGUUAUUGCAAAGCACGCCGGCUACAAUGUUGUGGAAAUCAACGCCAGUGACGAUCGCAGCGCAGAGGUGUUCCAGAAACGCAUCGACUCGGCCACGCAGAUGAAAUCCGUUUUAGGAGCGGGCGAGAGGCCAAACUGCCUCAUCAUCGACGAAAUUGACGGCGCCCCGGCAGCUGCCAUCAACGUUCUGCUAGCAACCCUGAAUAGGAAAGACGGACACAGCAGUGAUGCCGGCGCCGAUUCUACAAAGAGGAAAAAAAAGAAAGAGUCCAUUCUGCUGCGGCCUAUUAUCUGCAUCUGUAACGACCUUUACGUUCCAGCUCUCAGAUUGCUGAGGCAGCAGGCCUUUCUCCUGUCGUUCCCCCAGACUCAAACCUCCCGUCUAGCUCAGAGACUGGCGGAGAUCUCACUCCGACAAGGGAUGAAGGUGGACACGGGCACGCUGAUGUUACUGUGUGAGAAAACAGACAACGACAUCAGGUCUUGCAUUAACACACUUCAGUUCCUGUUCGGCCGUGGCCACAAGCAGCUCAACAGCAGGAUCAUCCAGAGUGUGUCUGUGGGCCAGAAGGACCAAAAUAAAGGAUUGUUCUAUCUGUGGCAGGAGAUCUUCCAGUUGCCACGCGCUAAACGAAAACGUAUCGGCGAGCGCUUCGAGGAUGUCCCCGGUUCAGGAGGCGGCAGUCAGAGGUUCCAGCACAUUCUUGACUUGGCCACAUCUAGUGGAGAGUAUGAAAAAGUUUCUCAGGGUUUGUACGACAACUUCCUAUCCAUGAGAGUCCGCGAUCCCAACCUGCAGAACGUGUGCGACGCUCUGGACUGGAUGGUCUUUUCCGACCGGCUCAAUCGAGUCAUCCUGCACGGGCAGAACUUCACUCUCAUGAAGUACCUUCCCUUCCUGUCCGUCGCUUAUCACUUCCUGUUUGCGCACCCUCACGUGCCGCGCCUCAGCUACCCACAUAGCCACCAGGAGGCAAGCACUCUUCUCCAGAGUAGCAGGAACGCUCUGUCCACCAUGUUGUCCGACGUUCCGGCUCGCAUCAAGACCAGGAUCAGCCACCUUAACCUCACCCUGGACAUUCUCACGCUGCUACUUGAUAUCAUCUGUCCCAAGCUUCGCCCCGUGAACCCGCAGCUGUUCAGUUGCAGAGAAAAGGAGCAGAUGAGCGAGCUGAUCGACACCAUGUUGGCGUACAACCUCUCGUACCGGCAGGACCGCACGCCCGAGGGGCAGUACACGUACAUCCUGGAGCCGCGUGUGGAAGACGUGGUGAGGUUCUCGGGCCUGCCUCCACGUCGCCAGUUGACCUAUCAGGCCAAGCAAACCAUCAGCAGGGAGAUGGAGCAGGAGAAGAUGAGGAGGGCUGAGCAGCUGAUGUUACAGCGGAACCCCACAGUGAAAGAGUUAGAGAAAGCAAGCGCUGCUCCCAAAUCAAGCAGGAACCAUCAUCAGAGGCUGGAAAACAUUGUCAAGCAGACCUCAGUGGAGCCCAGGCAAGCGGUGGACUUUUUCGGUCGCCCUGUUGCACCCAAACAGACGACCACUUCAGACACAGGCCAGAAGUGUAUCGUGCUCGCCAUGGGGAAGGCGGUGGGCAACAGCGACGUGUGGUUCCGCUUCAACGAGGGAAUGUCCAACGCCGUGCGUCGGAACGUAUACAUCCGGGAACUUCUGUAGCACCCUCCUGUCAACCACCACCCAAAAAAAAGGUGUUCCACCUGUUUUGUUAAAUUCUAAACAGUCUUUAUUUUUGAUUGACAGUGUAAAGAGACAAUAAAAACAAACAUCUAAAAGCUACUCGGUGCUGUGCAUGCACGCACGCACACAUUCACCACACACACGGCAGUUCUUACACAAGAGCAUUCAAAAAAUCCAAAUAAAUAAAUAGUCAUAGUGUGA